GUGGCCCGAGGAGUGCUUACUCAGACCCUAGGACCAUGGCGACGGCCAGUAGCUUAUCUAUCAAAAAAACUGGAUCCAGUGGCCAGUGGGUGGCCAACCUGCCUAAAAGCGGUUGCUGCAGUGGCACUCCUCCUCAAAGACGCUGAUAAGUUAACCUUGGGGCAAAAUGUGACUGUGAUUGCUUCCCACAGCCUCGAAAGUAUUGUGCGGCAGCCCCCCAAUCGGUGGAUGACCAAUGCCAGAAUGACUCAUUACCAGAGUUUGCUGCUAAACGAAAGGAUAUCUUUCGCGCCCCCUGCUGUCCUGAACCCAGCUACCCUACUACCAGUCGAGUCAGAAUCCACCCCAGUACACCAAUGCUCAGAAAUCCUUGCUGAAGAAGCUGGGACUCGACGGGACCUGAAGGACCAGCCAUUGCCCGGAGUGCCUGCCUGGUAUACAGACGGUAGCAGCUUCAUUGUGGAAGGUAAGCGGAGAGCAGGGGCCGCCAUCGUAGAUGGCAAACGGACGGUAUGGGCAAGCAGCCUGCCAGAAGGGACAUCAGCCCAGAAGGCCGAGCUAAUCGCCUUGACGCAGGCAUUACGCCUAGCCGAAGGAAAAAACAUCAACAUCUACACGGACAGCAGGUAUGCUUUUGCCACUGCUCACAUUCAUGGGGCAAUAUAUAAACAGAGGGGACUGCUCACUUCGGCUGGAAAAGACAUUAAAAACAAAGAAGAAAUUCUGGCUCUGCUAGAGGCCAUUCACCUCCCUAAGCAGGUCGCCAUUAUCCACUGCCCGGGCCACCAGAGAGGAAAUAACCCUGUGGCGGCCGGGAACCGGAGGGCCGACGAGGCUGCAAAACAAGCCGCCCUGUCGGUCAGGGUGCUAGCAGAAACUAUAAAGCUUCAAGAGCCAAUCGAGCCUGCUCAAGCUAGGACCAAGCCAAGAGAGCUCACUCCUGACCAGGGAAAAGAAUUCAUUUAGCGGUUACAUCAGCUAACACACUUAGGACCAGAAAAGCUCCUUCAACUAACGAGCCGCACCAGCCUCUCCAUCCCGAAUCU